AGAGGCCACUUGGAAGAUGUGUAUGACAUUUGUUGGACCUCAGAUGGAAAUUACAUGGCCUCUGCUUCUGUGGAUAACACAGCUAUAAUGUGGGAUGUCAAUAAAGGACAGAAGGUUUCAAUAUUUAAUGAGCACAAGAGUUAUGUCCAAGGAGUAACCUGGGAUCCUCUAGGCCAGUACAUUGCAACCCUGAGUUGUGACAGGGUCCUGCGGGUGUACAGCACCCAGACCAAGAGAGUGGCAUUCAAUGUCACCAAGAUGCCAUCUGGAUCAGGAGCUGAGGGAGAGGCCAGGAGCUACCGGAUGUUCCACGAUGACAGCAUGAAGUCCUUCUUCCGGCGGCUCAGCUUUACUCCUGACGGCUCCUAUUUGCUCACCCCAGCUGGCUGCGUGGAAUCGGGAGAAAACGUCACCAACACCACCUAUGUUUUCUCCAGGAACAACCUUAAAAGGCCUGUGGGUCACCUGCCGUGUCCUGGGAAGGGAACUCUGGCCGUUCGCUGCUGCCCAGUCUACUUCGAGCUGAGAGGAGCAUUUAAUAAAGAUGAGAUCAGUCAGAAGUCGUGCCCUGCUCUGUUUAACCUGCCCUAUCGGUUGGUGUUUGCUGUGGCCUCAGAAGAUUCUGUGCUUUUUUAUGACACUGAGCAGUCCUUCCCCUUUGGUUAUGUCUCUAACAUCCAUUAUCACACCCUGAGUGACAUUUCCUGGUCCAGCGACGGAUCCUUCCUGGCCAUUUCCUCCACGGAUGGAUACUGUUCCUUCGUCACCUUCGAGAAGGAUGAGCUGGGAAUUCCACUGAAGGAGAAGCCCCAGAUCAGUGUCAGGACUCCUGGUGCAACAGAGAAGAAGGUGAAGAAGAGCCAGUCCCACAAAUCCACCUCCCCAGGCUCCAGGCUGGCCGAGGGGACUCCUCCCGGCAGGAGCAGCGAUCCCAGCCCUGCCAACCUGCAGCCCAGAACGCCCGGCACUGCCGGCAGGGACUCGCCUUCCACUCCUGUGGGCACCAAAAACGUUCCAGCCUCGUCCUCAGAGGAGAGGAGGAGCAGCCAGGCAGCCACCCCCAGCACUGGGGCAAAGCAGCCCCGCAGGGUUGCCCUCAACACUUUACAGGCCUGUUUCAAGGCGCCGAGGAGAAUAAACUUGAUUUCACUGAAGCCAGAUACACCCACCCCUGCAGAUACAGACACAGCUCCUGGGCCUCCUUCCUCAGAGCAGGACCAUGAGGGGCCAUUGCCACCUGAUGACAGCCUUCAAAAUCCCCCAGCACCAAAACGUUCCAGGACUGAGGAAAUGCCUCUUUCUGCACCUGAACCUCAAACCACCUCUGAUCCAGACAAAUAAGGGCUGAGCUUAUUCAAACAAAGAAGCUUUUAGCAGGCUCUUCCCAGUCUGAAGUCAGUGCAGCCACAUCUGAGUGCAUUUCCUUUUGCAGCUGUUAAAUCCUCAAUUCCCAAUUCAAGUUCCCUGUGCAUAUUUGCUGUGGCACUGUGGAGGACCUGCCAAGUAGAAGACACAGGUUUCAGGAAUGUAGUUUUUGCAGAAAGAAGAAAUAGUUGGGAAGUGACUUCAAGAAAUGCCAGAGCUUAAGGAAAUCAGGGAAAUUUGGGUAUUUAAAAAGCCAUCCAGUAACCUGCAAAGUCUCCAUCAGAGCCCCUAAAUUCGUGUUUACAAAGCAUUAUGUCUUCCAGUAACCUGUGUGGCACGAGGAUAGAAUGUAUUCAUAGGAUCUGAUGUGGUUUAAGACCUAAAAAAAGAGGAAGUGGUGUCAUUCCAGCAUCUUGGCUUCUUUGUUGGGCAGAGUGUCAAAUAAUUCCCCUCAGUACCUGUGGAAUGGGAGCUGAUGGUCGGGGUGCAACACAGAUCAGGGCUGAGGUGACUUCAACAGAAAUGGAAAGUUUGAACUGCAAGAAACAAGAAAAGGCAAAAGGAAGAAACCCUCUGGGGACCUGGUUUGGAAUUAAACAGCAGGAAAAAAAAGUUCUUAAUUGUUUAGUUUCUGUGUUUAAAAAAGAAAUGCAGGCAGGAGAUUUUUCCUGAGGCAGCAGGAUUUGAGUUGCAGACAUUAGAAAUACCCCCUUUUUCCUUUUUCAAAACUUAACUCCCUUAGCCAAUAAAAUACACCACAAUGUAUGUAUGUGUUCAUAUUAAACCUCUUUGACUUUUAAUUCUUCCCUGGAUUUGGUUGUGUAAUUAAUUAGUGCUUGUUUUCUGUCAUCUUCUAAGAGAGUGGACUGAUAUUUAGAAAAGCAGAAAUAGUUUUAUAAAGUGACUCAUAAAAGUUUCACAGGGAGGAAAUAUUAACAAAUACCUGUGUCAGUGUUUCAGAUAAAUGAAUUAUGUUGUCUACAAAGAAAUUUCAACAAUAAUAAGCAAAGAGUCAUAGGAAAUUCGUGGUGGCUUAGUUUUCAGCCACUUUAUGUCCCAAUUCUGCAAUCUGUUACAUUUAUAUAACAUCCAUUCUUUCCAAAGAAAUAGUUCCUAUUUUUUUCCAGCUUCCUUCCAAGAAGCCAGGGCUUGAUUUCUUAGGAAUUGUGUUUUAUAAUCACCUGAGGAAAGUUAAUCCGUGCCUUGAGAGCCUUUUUUCUGCUGGGAGAUGCAAAAUGAUAAACCUGAAAUGCCACGUUCAACCCCAACCUUUCCAAGACUGUCCUGGAAUUCUUGGGCAUCAUUUCGGUCGAGCAGGUCCUUGAAGAGGUAAGGGGAGAAAUAGAGAAGAUCAUCUCCAGUGUAACAGUUUAAACUCUCAGUCCAUGACAGGUCUUUUCCUUGAUUGAGUUACUGCUAAUUAAAAUCAUGAGGAUCUUUUGCUCUUCAACAAAAACAUGUGGAGGUCCCACCCUAAAAUCCAAAUAUUUCCAUGAACCACUGAACUGACCAGGCCUUGUUUCACAUGGAUUCACAGGUAACUGCACUGGGGGUUUCAAAUAGACUUUGCAGCUUUUUAGGUGGGUCUCCAAUAGAUUUUUCAACUUUUUAGCUGGGUUUCAGGUAGAUUUUGCAGCUUUUAAGAUGGCUAAAGAUUCAUGACUUGUCUUGCUCCUGGAAAGACUUCCUGCUGUGUCACAGUGGUUAGUUUUUAGACAGCCAGUCACGGUGCUAUUGAUGUUAAAUUUUUCUGCUCUCCAUAUAUAUGUAUAUUUAUAUAUCUUGUAAUUAUUUAACCACUGCCUUUUGGUCAAAAUCUGUUUGAUACUUGCCUGUGGAUUCAAAACAGACUCUGUAUUUUGUAUAAACACAGGGAGUGUGCACACAAACGUUGUUACCAACUAAAUAGCAUAAAAUAAAAACUUGUUAUCA